UGGAGUCUUGUUCUCCAAGAAAUUCAUGUAUAUAUUUAUGUAUUUGCACACAAGACUAGUGUGCAGAGAAAGUGUGUUCUGAUCUAUUAUGGUAUCAAGAGCCAUCAGAGGUUAAACCAACCCAGAAUCCUUUUUUUUUCUACCAAAAAAAAGGAGAGAGACCAACACGCUUCCAUGGGUGAAAACAGGCGCUCUUCCAUGACUUCAAGCCUAUCUAUUAUCUCAUAUUCUCCAAACCUCGCACAUGAAUUGCCCGUGAUACUCACAUCUUCCAAUUUUCUAUUAUGGAAGACACAAUUUAUGCCUAUCGUAUAUGCAUCUGGUUUGAACCGAUGCCAACACAAUUUCUGGAUGAUACCGAUACCAAACCCAACCCGGACUAUACGGUUUGGCUACGUGAAGACCAACUUGUUUUAAGUUGGAUUGCUGCUUCUGUUUCAGAAAGCAUCCUGCCUCAGUUGGUUGGAGCAGCGACUGCUCGUGCAUUUUGGGACAAACUUGUUGUUGCAUAUGCUUCAGGAUCAAAGCCACUAAUUUUUCAUGACCUCAAGAUGCAGUUGCACACUUUGCAUCAUGAUAAUGCUAAUAUUGAAUCGUAUGUGCAAAAGGCAAAGGGAAUAGCAGAUAAGUUGGCUGCAUUGCAUCAUCCGAUUCCCAAUGAUGAUUUGGUGGAAUUUGUUCUUGCUAGACUAGGACCUGCCUAUCGUCCUUAUACGAUGUCUAUUGAAUCACGUCAACAGGAUAUUAGUUUUGAUGUAUUGUAUGGAUUGUUGUUGAAUGAAGACAGUUAAAAAUGGAUAAAGCCCAUACUGUCAUUGCACCUGCAGCACACUUGUGGACGUGGUAGAGGUCGAGGGGAUCGAGGCCGUGGACACUCCUCCAAUCAAGGGUUCAGCCAAUCAUCUCAAAAUAGUGGGUUUCAGAACUUUGCUCAGACCAAUACUACUCCAUCUCAAGCUUCAACCAUGUCUAGAAUUAAUUUCUAUAAUUGUGAAGGUAAAGGUCAUCUUGCACGCGUGUGUCCAUCUCCUAGAAUUAACAAUGGCAACAAAGCUUCUGGACCACAUAUUUCUAAUUUGGCAAGAACCUCUUCUGCUCAGAUUGGUUAAUAGAUAGUGGCACCACACAUCAUCUCACAACUGAUCUUAUUAACCUGGGUAUUCUUUCUGAAUAUCAAGGCCCUAAAGAAGUAACGUUAGGUAAUGGUUCAAAACUUCUUAUUUUCCACGUUGGUAAAAGUUCAGUUAUUAUUUCUGAUAAAAAGUUCACUCUUGACGAUAUCCUACAUGUUUCAAAUGCUACUCAAAAUUUAUUAUCUAUUAGUUCUUUUACUAAGUCUAACCAAGUUUCAAUUGAAUUGGUUCCUAAUUAUUUUUUGAUUAAGGACUUGGCGACGAGGGAAAUACUACAUACAUGCCAGGAUAAAGCUGGAUUAUGUUCUCUUCCUGUAUUGAAGUCAUCCGCACCUGCUUCUUAUGUUGCGUCCCUUGGGGUUUAGCAUGCUCGUUUGGCUCAUACAUCCUAUCCUACAGUUCGUCAAGUAUUAUCGUCUAACGUCAUUAUCCCUUUAUUUAAAUCUUCUAGUUUAUGUUCUACAUGUACUGUUAGUAAGAGUCAUAAAAUUCCUUUUCGUGAGUCUAGUUUUCAAGCCUUCGGGCCUUUAGACUUAGUUUGUUCGGAUGAUUAGGGUCCUGCUCCAGUUAUUUCUAAUGAAGGUUAUAGGUAUUAUGUGAUUUUCUUUGAUCACUUCAGCAAAUAUACAUGGAUUUAUUUUCUUCGACUAAAAUCAGAAGUCCUUUCAAUUUUUAUGCAAUAUUGUAAAAUUGUUGAAAAAUACUCUGGUCGUCCCAUUAGAAGGUUUUAGGAAGAUUGGGGAGGAGAGUAUCAAGCCGUAAUAAAUUACUUGAGAGAUAAUGGAAUUGUGCAACGUUCCUCAUGUCCAUAUACCCCAGAACAAAAUGGUUGUGCCGAAAGAAAAUAUUGGCAUAUUGUUGAAACUUGUCGAGCACUGCUACAUCAUGCUAAUGUUCCACACAAAUUUUGGACAAACUCAUUUGAUACUGAUGUGUAUACUAUAAAUCGUCUACCAAUGCCACAUUUAAAAAAUAAAACCCCAUUUUAUGCAUUGUUUAACACCAAUCCAGAUUACUCAUUUUUGCGUAUUUUGGGUGCCUUUGUUUUCUGUGGCUUCGUUCUUACACUAAGGAUAAAUUGUCUCCUCAAUCUAAACUGUGUGUGUUUCUGGUACAAAUGGUUUGGCCCAGUUUCAUCAAAAUUCUAUGUUUCUCGUCAUGUAAUCUUUGAUGAAUAUGUUUUUUCUUUCGUUUCAUAGGGUGUUAUUGUGCCUCCAUCCAUAACCAAUACUAAAUCAGAACCUCUCAAUGUUCAAUUGCCAUUGCAGCCUUUGGUUGGCCCUUCUAGCAUUCAACCAACACUGUCGCAACCUUCUGUGCCACUGCACACAUCCUUGUCACAUGUCUUUCCUAUUCCUGGACACACAACUGCUACUGAUCAACCUUCACAUGUUGAAGUUUCUCAUGGUGUAGACUUGAUGUCACCAACUCGAGCUGAAGAAAAUCCUCCAUAUACUGAUACGGUGAACUAUAGUGCUCUUGGAGACACUUCAACUACUGGUACGCUACAACCAACAACUCUUCCUUUGCAAAAGAUGGCCACACGAGCACAAACAAGCUCUGUGAAGCCAAAUAAGCCAUUUCAAUGUCAGUUACGACUCCAAUAUCGGCAAUAAUGGAACCUUCUUGCUACUCACAAGCUAUUAAGGAUGUUCACUGGCGUCAGGCUAUGUCAGAGAAGUAUAGUGCGCUUAUUCAAAAUGGUACUUGGGAACUAGUUCCACCAUCGCCAACUCAAAAUGUAAUUAGUUGUAAGUGGGUGUUCAAGACGAAGCUAAAACAUGAUGGUUCAUUGGAUCGCUAUAAAGCGAGUCUUGUGGCUAAAGGAUAUCAUCAACGACCGAGCAUCAAUUUUGUUGAUACAUUUAGUCCAGUGGUUAAGCCGUAUACAAUACAUUUGUUGUUAUCAUUGGUUAUAUCUCACCAAUGGUACAUCACUCAGCUAGAUAUUUCCAAUGCGUUUCUUCAUGGGUACUUAGAUGAUAUUGUACAUAUGUCUCAC